AUGCAGGCGACGCCGAGUGAGGCUGAGGCUGGGGGCGAAUCGCCGCAGAGCUGCGUGUCGGUAGCGCACUCUGAUUGGACAGUCGGGAAGCCUGUCAGCUUAUUGGCCCCGCUGAUCCCGCCCCGUAGCGCAGGGCAGCCUUUAACCUUUGGCCCCAGUGGGCGCCAGCCACUCAGAUCGCUUCUUGUUGGUAUGUGUAGCGGCAGUGGCCGCCGGCGGAGCAGUCUGAGCCCGACGAUGAGGCCGGGGACGGGAGCGGAGCGUGGAGGCCUCAUGAUGGGGCAUCCUGGCAUGCAUUAUGCCCCAAUGGGAAUGCACCCUAUGGGUCAGAGAGCGAAUAUGCCUCCUGUACCUCAUGGAAUGAUGCCGCAAAUGAUGCCCCCUAUGGGAGGGCCACCAAUGGGACAAAUGCCAGGAAUGAUGUCUUCAGUCAUGCCUGGAAUGAUGAUGUCUCAUAUGUCUCAGGCUUCCAUGCAGCCUGCCUUACCGCCAGGAGUAAAUAAUAUGGAUGUAGCAGCAGGUACAGCAUCUGGUGCAAAAUCAAUGUGGACUGAGCAUAAGUCACCUGAUGGAAGGACUUACUACUACAAUACUGAAACAAAACAGUCUACUUGGGAGAAACCGGAUGAUCUGAAAACACCUGCUGAGCAACUUUUAUCUAAGUGUCCCUGGAAGGAAUACAAAUCUGAUUCUGGAAAGCCUUACUAUUAUAAUUCUCAAACAAAAGAAUCCCGCUGGGCCAAACCUAAAGAACUUGAGGAUCUUGAAGGAUACCAGAAUACCAUUGUUGCUGGAAGUCUUAUUACAAAAUCAAACCUGCAUGCAAUGAUCAAAGCUGAAGAAAGUAGUAAGCAAGAAGAGUGCACUACAACAUCAGCAGCCCCGGUUCCUACAACAGAAAUUCCGACCACCAUGAGCACCAUGGCUGCUGCAGAAGCUGCCGCUGCUGUUGUUGCUGCUGCAGCCGCCGCCGCUGCUGCUGCUGCUGCUGCCAACGCCAGUGCUUCCACCUCUGCUUCGAAUACUGUGGGUGGAACUGGUCCAGUUGUUCCUGAGCCUGAAGUUACUUCAAUUGUUGCUACCGUUGUAGAUAACGAGAAUACAGUGACAAUUUCAACUGAAGAACAAGCACAACUUACUAGUACUCCAGCUGUUCAGGAACAGAGCAUGGAAGUAUCCAGUAAUACUGGAGAUGAAACAGCUAAGCAGGAAACCGUAGCUGAUUUUACUCCCAAAAAAGAAGAGGAGGAAAGCCAACCAGCAAAGAAAACCUAUACCUGGAAUACAAAGGAAGAGGCAAAGCAAGCAUUUAAAGAAUUAUUGAAAGAAAAGCGGGUACCAUCUAAUGCUUCAUGGGAACAAGCUAUGAAAAUGAUCAUUAAUGAUCCACGAUACAGUGCUUUAGCAAAGUUGAGCGAAAAAAAGCAAGCCUUCAAUGCUUAUAAAGUCCAGACAGAAAAAGAAGAAAAAGAAGAAGCAAGGUCAAAAUACAAAGAGGCUAAAGAAUCCUUUCAACGUUUUCUUGAGAAUCAUGAGAAAAUGACUUCUACAACCAGAUACAAAAAAGCUGAGCAAAUGUUUGGAGAGAUGGAAGUCUGGAAUGCAAUAUCGGAACGUGAUCGUCUUGAAAUCUAUGAAGAUGUUUUAUUCUUCCUUUCAAAAAAAGAAAAGGAGCAAGCAAAGCAGUUACGGAAGAGAAAUUGGGAAGCCUUAAAAAACAUACUUGACAAUAUGGCUAAUGUAACAUACUCUACCACCUGGUCUGAAGCCCAACAGUAUCUGAUGGAUAAUCCAACUUUUGCAGAAGAUGAGGAAUUGCAGAACAUGGAUAAAGAAGAUGCUUUAAUUUGCUUUGAAGAACACAUCCGAGCUUUAGAAAAGGAAGAAGAAGAAGAAAAGCAGAAGAGUUUGCUGAGAGAAAGGAGACGACAGCGUAAAAAUAGAGAAUCUUUUCAGAUAUUUUUAGAUGAACUGCACGAACAUGGACAACUACAUUCUAUGUCAUCUUGGAUGGAAUUGUAUCCAACAAUUAGUUCCGACAUUAGAUUUACUAAUAUGCUUGGUCAACCGGGAUCAACUGCACUUGACCUUUUCAAGUUUUAUGUUGAGGAUCUUAAAGCACGUUAUCAUGAUGAGAAGAAAAUAAUAAAAGACAUUCUAAAGGAUAAAGGAUUUGUAGUCGAAGUUAAUACUACUUUUGAAGACUUUGUGGCCAUAAUCAGUUCAACUAAAAGGUCAACCACAUUAGAUGCCGGAAAUAUUAAGUUGGCUUUCAACAGUUUACUAGAAAAGGCAGAAGCCCGUGAACGCGAACGAGAAAAAGAGGAGGCUCGGAAAAUGAAACGAAAAGAAUCUGCAUUUAAGAGUAUGUUGAAACAAGCUACUCCUCCAAUAGAAUUGGAUGCUGUCUGGGAAGAUAUCCGGGAGAGAUUUGUAAAAGAGCCAGCAUUUGAGGACAUAACUCUAGAGUCGGAAAGAAAACGAAUAUUUAAAGAUUUUAUGCAUGUGCUUGAGCAUGAAUGUCAACAUCAUCAUUCAAAGAACAAGAAACAUUCUAAAAAAUCUAAAAAACAUCACAGGAAACGGUCCCGCUCUAGAUCGGGGUCAGAUUCAGAUGAUGAUGACAGCCAUUCAAAGAAAAAAAGACAGCGAUCAGAGUCUCGGUCUGCCUCAGAACACUCUUCUAGUGCUGAGUCCGAGAGAAGUUAUAAGAAGUCAAAAAAACAUAAGAAGAAAAGCAAGAAGAGGAGACAUAAAUCUGAUUCUCCAGAGUCAGAUGCUGAACGAGAGAAGGAUAAAAAAGAAAAAGACCGAGAAAGUGAAAAAGAUAGAACUAGACAAAGAUCAGAAUCAAAACACAAAUCACCUAAGAAAAAGACUGGAAAGGAUUCUGGGAAUUGGGAUACUUCUGGCAGUGAACUAAGUGAAGGGGAAUUGGAAAAGCGCAGAAGGACCCUUUUGGAGCAACUGGAUGAUGAUCAAUAAAUUAUACCAAAUAUAUGUUUACAGUAUGAUUUAAAGUCGAAUUCAGACCAGGGACUCUAUUUUAAAGUUCAAUUGAAAUAACACUGGGUUUUAAUUAUAUCACAGGAAAAAAAAAAAGUGCAUUUAAGUAUUGUUAUUGUGGACUUUAUAAAAAGCAAAGGAAAUUGAAAAUAACUUUUGAUUCUGUAUCAAGAAUCAUAUUUUCAUACGGUCAUAACUGUCUUUCUGUGACCCUUUCAUAGGGCACUGCAGGAUGGAUUAAAGGUGGCAAUUUACUGAUAACUGCAGAUGUCUCUACUUUGUUCUGAACUCUGAGUCAUGAGGCGAUUUGAUUUACUUUAUAGAAGUUGGAUUUUGAAGAUAUAAUGAAAAUUUUUUUGAUACUUAGUAGUACAAAAAAAGCACCAGCAACUGACAAAACUGCUUUUUUGUGCACUACCCAACUGGUUAAAGCUGAUAUGAUCUUUUAUGGUGAACGCAGAAAUAGGUGUUCUUAAUGGAAACCUGGUAGACCCUUAACGAUAGUGGUGCUAAUGAGCGCUACUAUAACAAAGCCACCGUUAUUUUUUAUGAAACAUCUGAACAUUUUAAAAAAAGGCUACUGUGAGGGCAUUAUUUUGAGGUGAUGUUUAAAAAGUUAACAUCAAAUCAAAUUGUAAAUUAGUUUAAAUAUAUUGCCUUAAGGACCUACUAAAGAAUGUGCCACCAUACUUUAAGUGAUAGUUGCAAUAUCCUUGUCUGAAACAAAAAUCAAUGUUGACUUAAACAUUUUCUUUAACAGUUGUCUUUUUUUUUUUUUAAUCCGAUCUUUUCUCUUACUUUUUUUCAUUGAGGAAGUCUUUUACCUUCCCUAUUCACUGAGAAGUAUUGACUUCGUGGUACACAUUCUAAAGCAUUUCUGAUUUGAAUAUUUUUGUACAUUUUUAUCAAUUAUUAAACCUUCUCUUCUAGCGUGUACUAGUAUUUAUUUCUACUUAAACUACUCAGCUAUAAAAAAAAGUUGUAUGAUCAUUUAAAGAUACUAAAUCCUUGAAAUUUUGCUUCAUCUUACCCACAUAGCUAGGUUCCUUUCCUUUUUAAUAUUUAAGAAUAUUAUAAAUCAGUACAUUUGAGGCCCCUGUAAUUUGUUUUUGAUCUACAAAUUUCCUAUAGAAAACUUUAGAGAGGCAAUGGUUUGAAGGUAGAAUACUCUUUACAUGCUAACUUUUGAAGGUUGGUAAUGUAAUUUAUACUAUUUUCCUUCAGUGCAGGAGAUUUUUUUAAUAAGUAAAUUUUAGCACAUAGUCUUUGGCAUUAGAUAUUUUUUUAUUUUGGACACUUCAAGCGAUCCUAUUUCAAGUUGGAAUUUAGAAGAACAAAUAUUAAUUCAUUUUUUUUUCCUUCACCAUUCUAAUGAAUUUGAGAAGUUCAAAUGACCAGGACUGCUUUUUCCCAUCCCUGCAUACUUUUGCAAUUAAAUCUAGCAUCCACUGUUGAAAGCCUCAAAAAAGGGUGGGGGUGGGGGGUUAUUUCUAAACUUUUCUCUGCCAAGUCAUUUUUCUGCUGUGAAAACGGACAUGACUGUGGAAAAUGAGAAUCACUAUCCUUAGAAGAUGUGAAGUAAUCAAGUUGCUUGCUUAAGGUUAGUCUCUUAUUGUAUAUUAGAACCAAAAACUAUAACAACUUUGGCAAUCGGGAGUUGCCUAGAUUUAAUUCUCAGAGGUCUCAUAAUGCGUUAAUAUUGCUAAUCAUGUCAGACACUUGACAUGGAAGUCAGUGGCAAAAUCUUCAAAAUGCAUAUGAUACUGGCAGAAAUACUAGUGGUGUUUCAUAAGAGAAUUUAAUUUAGAAUCUGUAAAAUUUUGUUUUAAUUCCAUGAAUGAUGAUUUUUUAAGUGCAACUUUAAAGUUUUAAUUUUUCUAUUUAAAUAAAAAGUUAUUGAUAUGUUUUA